CUGUUAUCUAUUAAUAGACCAUAUGACCACGUUUUCUUUGAAGAGAUCCAACGAGCCCAUUUUAGAACAAAUGUAGGCUGAGAGAUUGGUCAUUUAUUUAAUCAUUCAUUCAUUCAGUAUAGCUUCUCACAAUAAUUCUCAAGAUCAGUCUCACUUGUAUAUCUCAUUGUUUGUGUUUCCGUGAGCUUGCUGGCAACCAAGACGUGUUUGUCGGAGAUGAUGAUGACAUUGUGGUAGGUCGCCUCGGAGGAGGGUGGAGAGAGAGAAGGUGCCCGCCAGAUAACUUCCUGUCGACAGCGUGUUUUUGACACUGCAGCGACUGAACAUGAGCAGCAGCAGACUCUAUUCACGACUGCAAUCAUGUCGUUUUUAUUCCGGUGGUUUGAGAGCGACAUAUCACCGAACCCUGGACAGGAUCGAGUUAAUGCUGCCGCCUAAAUUAAGACCUCUCUACAAUCAUCCUGCUGGGCCAAAGACGGUUUUUUUCUGGGCACCUGUUUUUAAAUGGGGUUUAGUUGUGGCUGGAUUCUCUGAUAUGACCCGACCUCCAGAAAAGCUCAGCGUCUCUCAGUCCUGUGUCAUUACAGCCACAGGAUUAAUUUGGUCAAGGUACUGCUUGGUCAUCAUCCCUAAGAACUAUGCUCUGUUUGCUGUGAACUUCUUUCUGGGCAUGUGUGGAAGCAUCCAGCUCAUGAGAAUAUGGAGGUACAACCAAGAACUCAAGCAGAAAGAAGAGGAAGUGCAGCAGUCUUGAAGUGCCACUUACUCUGACGAGUAAAGCGAUGAAGAUUUGCUGUGUUACUGUAAAAGCAAUGAAUCUGCAUUUUGCACACACAUCAGUCCUGUUAUAUAGAUCAAACAAAUAUGCUCUGUCUGUGUAAAAUAGAGAUUUGUUUUUAAGAACUUCAUAAUCAUUUCAUAAUUGUGAUAUAAUAUUGAUUGUAAUUCACUUGUUCUUGAUUGUAUGUUGCAGUGUGUGUUGUCUGAUCCAUAGUUAAUAUUUCUAUAGAUUACUCAGUUUUAAGGAGGUCAUAUCAUAGGAAUAAUAAUUAAAACGUUACUGAGGUGAGGUGAGCCUACGUUGUUAUAGGUGUUGUUUAGAUUGUAUAAUGUUUUAUUCUUUGUGCCAAAACAGUCACUAUUGAAACACUGUUGAAAAAACUAUUGAAAAAAAAAAACAUAAUCCAUAGAAUUAACUAUAUUUUGGUAUUGUGCCUUUAAGAAACUCUUUGGCUUUUCUCACUCACAAGCUGUGUUUGCUGUUGCUUUAUCUAAUACAUAUUUUUACUUCAUACAUGAUGCAUGGUGUUUUGCAUCGCAAUAAAAUAAUCUGUGCUAAAAUGUGCCACAAAAAUGCCUAAGAUCAAACUGAAAUGUUAUGUUAUGGAUAUUGACUUUUCUCACAAUGUUUUUCUAUUAAGUUUUUUUUUUUCUCAAAUGAUUAAGGCACAAUUUGAUUUCUCAUGAUAUGACUUCCUUAAAAUACAAUAUAAAACUAACAUUCUAUUGCACUGUAUAGGCUGAAUUGCUGUUGCAUUUUUUUGCAUUAGUUACUGAGAUCUGAUGAGCACAUGUCCUGGGCAAAGGUCAUUAUCUUGUCACACGCUGGAACAAAUAGACUUUGCUCUUUGUAUGGACAGAGCCGACACACACUGAUAGAUAGAAUGUUAAUACUAAUGUCAAUGUAUGCAUUAAUUAAAUGAAAGUUAAAAUAACAUGGA